CACACACACACACCUGCGACCACACGGCGUUCGAAACGCAAUCAAAACGACAUGUCUCUGCCACAGACCUACAAGGCCGUCGUCCUCGAAAAGGCCAGCGCGCCGUUUGUUCUCAAGGACGUGCCGCUCGAGCGUCCCGGCCCCGGCCAGAUCCUUGUCAAGGUGCUCGCCUGCGGCGUGUGCUUCUCGGACGUGGCCACGGCCGAGGGUCACAUGGGUGACGUCUUCCCCCGGGUCCCUGGCCACGAGAUUGUGGGCGACAUCGUCGAGCUGGGGCAGGGCGUCUCCAACCUCGCCAAGGGCCAGCGCGUCGGCGGGCCCUGGCACGGCGGCCACGACGGCCACUGCCGGGCCUGCCAGCGUGGCCAGUUUCAAAUGUGCGACAAGGCCGCCGUCAACGGCGUCUCCCGCGAUGGCGGCUACGCAGAGUACGUAGUGCUCCGCGCCGAGGCCGCCGUUCGUGUGCCCAAGGACAUGGAGCCCGCCGACGUCGCGCCGCUGCUGUGCGCCGGAGUGACCGUGUUCAACGGGAUACGCAAGAUGCACGUCGAGCAGGGCGGCCUCGUCGCCGUCCAAGGGCUCGGCGGCCUGGGCCACCUGGCCGUCCAGUACGCCAACAAGAUGGGCUACGAGGUCGCCGUGCUGUCCUCGGGGGAUGACAAGGCCGCCUUUGCGACCGACCUCGGCGCGCACCACUACAUCAACACCAAGAGCAAGGACACGGCCAAGGAGCUGCAGAAGCUGGGCGGCGCCGACAUCAUCGUCCAGACGGCGCCCAACCCCGAGGUCGUAAGCUCGCUCGUCUACGGUCUCGCCGCCGGGGGCAAGCUCUUGUCGCUGGCGCCCGUCGGCCCCGUGUCCCUCGACACGGUCCCCAUGGUCCUCAAGGGCCUGAGCGUCCACGGCUGGCCGAGCGGCCACGCGCUCGACAGCGAGGAGGCGAUCCGCUUCGCCUCGCAGCAUGGCGUGCGAUGCAUGGUGGAGAAGUACCCCUUGUCAGACGUGCAAAAGGCUGUGGACAGCCUCAAGGCCGGCAAGCCGCGCUUCCGCAACGUGCUGGUGAUGGAGUAGACCGGGGGGCCUGGCAAUUUGGAUCGGAUCUCAGUUGGUAUCGGGAACGCAUGAACGCUACUGCCGUGGCUGGCUGGGAAGGCGUUUGCGGUCGGCGAUGGUUUUGCUUGUGGCGACUGCCAUGCAGCCCAAAAAGUUGUUCGUCCAUCUUGGCUGUCAGUUGCCGCGGAUUCAUGUGUAAAUUGCUUGACAUAUUGCGAUGCUCGCCACGUGCCAUCGAGAGCCGGACAUCACAUUGCCGGCGCCUAGGCCCUUGGGGGCCAGAUCCCGAAUGCGAGCAGACCGAGUUCCGCCCGAGCAGUCCUGGAGCCUCGCUUGACUAGGUAGAACUUGCGAAUUUAGCUCCAGACUGAAUAUAACGGUUCAUUUUUGGUAGAAAACGUGAAAAA